CUUCAUCACUGCACUUCCUGCUGAAGUCACAGCCCAACAGCAGCAAGAAAACUGGAGCAUCCUUCACUGGAAUCCUGAGAGGCUAUGGAAAGUCCUCCAACUUGGCAUUGCCCAGAUGGGAGCUUCACGAAAACCAUUCUAGAGCCAGGAUCGGGAGUGGACAAACCCAAAGAAUGUGCCAGGUGUACCAUAUUCCUGGAGCCUCCCAGCGACCCCACAACUCAGUCAUGUUCUACCAUAGAUGCUGGAUAUCCUCCUGGUAGUUGGCUACAGGUAGAAUUGGGGGAAGGCGAUACCAGUCGGGACCAUCUCAUCGACCAAUGUCUCGAGACCAUGCUACCCGGGGAAGUCUGCAAAGUGGACAGCGCUUUGGGUUUUCGGUUCGUCUUGCGAUUGGCAAGUUUUGAAGGUGGAAAGGAGGUGUGGGAAUUGGAUGCAAAUGAGAAGAUCGAGAGGGCAGCUAGAGAUCGGGAGAAGGGUGGGAAGGCUUUUAGAGACGGGUACCUUGAAGGUGCAGAAAGACGAUACGCCAGGGCGCUCAGGCUUCUAGUCUGUACACCAGGAGAGGCAGAAGAGGAAAAAAUAGCCCUGCUUUCUAACUUGGCAGCUUGCGACCUCAAGAAAGGAAGGUUACGUGAGGCCGAGGUGAGAUGCACCCGAGUUCUCGACAAGGAACCCGACCACCUGAAAGCUUUGUACAGGAGGGGCAUGGCCAGAGCGGGCAUGUCGGACUGGAUGGGUGCAAGGGCAGAUUUUGAAAAACUAUUGAAGCUGGAUCCGGGUAACAAGGAGGCAAGAAGGGAAAUGGUCAAAGUCAGGGAAAAGCAGAAGAACGAGCAAGCUCAGAUCAGUAAAGCUUUAGGGAAAAUGUUCCUUUGAGUCGUAGCCUUUACAAGCCAUAUUGUGGACUGCACCGCUAACCAGCCAUAAAUCCUGAUGACACUGAGGGACAUAGUGCCUCAUACCUCAGUAGUAUCACUAUUUCCACAUGACCACUGGCUCAACCAGAAAAGGCUGCCUACACCAUAAGUCUGUGACCUUCAGGUUUCUGGUUUGAGAAGACCACUCUUGGUUAGUUUACCUCAGGGAAGUUGGCCAAAUGGACUGACGCAUGGAAUGAAGCACGGGAUGCUUAGAUAAUAUCCAUGUAUAAUAAAGUACAUUA